UGAAAGUGAAACUUUGACCGGGUGGGUCCUAUCCGGAAGUUUGGUUUUGUGUUGGGAAGUUUUCCUCUCCGCGCACGCAUCAGGCUGUUGUAACUGUUAUCGCUUUCUCGAAGCCCUUCUAGUUUCACCAGAAGUGACAGUACAGAUGUUUGGUGCAACCCACACUCCAGAUUGGAUGAUUUUCUGUUAAGCACUGCCCACUAUUAAGAUGGAUUCACUUGACGACGGGUUUUGUAUAAUAGGACAAGAUGAGCUGGAGGAAAUUAAAGAAGCUUUAUCUACACAAGAUAUGACAACAGCAGUUAGUAAAAUCAAGGAUGUUCUUGAGCAGCAAGAUCGAGUUGAGUUAAAUAUUGCUGUGACGGGAGAGUCUGGUUCUGGAAAGUCUACAUUUGUCAAUGCUUUUAGAGGUUUGGGAGAUGAAGAUGAGGGCUCUGCCAAAACCGGUCCAGUGGAGACCACCAUGAAACAAGAAGUUUACCAUCACCCAAAAUACGACAAUGUAAAAGUGUGGGAUCUCCCUGGAAUUGGAACACCAAACUUUAAAGCUGAUGAGUACCUUAAAGAAGUUCAGUUUGAACGCUAUGAUUUUUUCAUCAUCAUUGCUUCAGAUCGGUUCAGAGAAUGCCAUACGAAGCUCGCCACAGAGAUUAUGAAAAUGGGGAAGAAAUUUUACUUUGUUCGCUCCAAGAUUGACUCAAACAUUGAUGCUGAAAAGAGAAAGAAAAGCUUUGAUCAAGGCAAGACACUAAACACCAUACGAGAGGAUUGUAUAAAAGAGUUGACAAAGAUUGGUAUUGAAAAUCCUGUGGUAUUCUUGAUCUCUUGCUUUGAGCUGGGCAAGUAUGAUUUCAAUCUGCUGGAAGAGAUGAUGGAGAAAGAGCUUCCACAGCAUAAGAGACACGUGCUGAUGUUGGCUAUUCCGAAUAUCACGCUGGAGAUUAAUGAGAGAAAGAAGAAAGCCCUGGAGGAAAACAUUCCCAGGGUAGCCCUCCUGUCUGCCGGCUUGGCUACAAUUCCUCUUCCUGGUCUUUCGGUUUUUGCCGAUUUAGCCAUUGUAAACAAUGAGGUACAGAGGUACUAUAGUGCCUUUGGUCUGGAUGAUCCAUCCCUACAGAUGCUCUGUGAAAGAUCUGGAAAGACCAUAGAGGAACUGAAGAAUGUCAUGAAGUCACCACUGCACCUUGGGAUAAACCCAACCACAAUCAUAAGCUUGCUGGGCGCUGCAUCCUUGUAUGUAUCAGAGAAUGCAGUUGAAUACGUCUGCAGUCUCGUACCUAUACUUGGCACUGUGGUGGCAGGAGGGAUGUCUUAUUUGACUAUCUCAAAAAUGCUAAAGAAAGCUUUGGAUGAGUUGGCUGAAGAUGCCAAGAAUGUGCUGAUGGCUUCACUGGAGACUGAAGUGUAAUAAAAUCACCAAGGACGCAAAUGUUUUUUAGCUUUUGAAAUAACUAUUUUAAUAUUUUUGGGCUCCUGGAGUAAAUAACCUCUAUAUGAACAGUUUUAGUUUACAUUGCAUUCCCACAUUAAUUAAGAUAUUAGAUAUGUUAUUAAAAUCAGUUUAACCAGAGGAAUUAGGAUACAUGUAUACUCUAUGUAGCCCUUCGUGUGUGUGGUCUGUAAUUUCAAAAUAUGUGUUCCACGCGUCGAGUGAUCCUAUGUGCAUCACGUGUCUUGUCAAAAUAAGUGCCGGCUGCAGACGCGUCUAAAGGUUUUAUGAUGAAAGAGACACUCGCGUUUGCGAGAUACUCGCAUAAUCUCAUGCGUAAUCAAAGUUCACUGUUAAGGGAGUGUCUUGCGUAUAUUUUGUGAAAGUGAGCGUCUCUUUUUUCAUAAACUUAAAAGUCUUGACGCGUGUGAAGCAGGCAUUUAUUUUGACAAAACACGUGAUGCACAUGGUUCAUAUGACGCAACACACACAUAUUGUGAAAACACGAGCAACACAUGACACUCUGAACACAUAUUUUGAAUUUGCACCCCUCGGAAGAGCAGUCACGAGCUGCCACUGGAGUGUACUUUCACUUUUAACCAUUUAUUUUAAAGAAAAAAACUUAAAAGUUUACAUUUAUUCAUUAUUAGAUGCUUUUUAGCUGUUUAUAAAUGAGAGAUGAACUUAAUAUUUUUUUCUUAAGAGAUUUUAGUUGAAGAUAGUUUUAAAAAUAUUAUGUUCUUGAAAGACUUGGGCUACUCAAACGUGAUAUGUAAAGCUUAAAACAUCAAUGUAGGCUUUACAAAGCCUGGCCUGAAUGUUUGAAACAACUUCAAAAGCUUGUGACAGUUUUAUGGCUGUCAGAUAAACAGUAAGACAGACUGAUUAAAUGACAUUGGACAUUGUUAUGUAAACACUGGUGUUUUUGAGACAAAGUAUGCCAAGUUCAUGGCAUUGUGCAUGUCAAACGGUGUUGGCUUAUUGUCUUAAAGGACCCAAAUGUAUUCUGCUUUGUAAUACUGUAUGAAUUCCCUGUAAAAUAUUUGGGAAAUAAAAAUAUUUGUUGAAUAAAAUAUAAAGCGA